GGGCGGCGCAGGAGGCGAGUGGAGGAACAUGUAAGGGCACAUCCCUCGAGCUGCCGCCCAGCGCGCAGGCAGAGCCCAGCGAGCGAGCGGGCGAGCGUGGUGCCAGUGCGCAGCCGGGCUCUCGGACCGGGAAGCCACCGGGGCACCGGGCAGUGGCCGGGCGGGGCAGCUCGCGCGGGGCGGCGGAGGGGCCGGAGCGGGGCUGCGGGCGCCGAGCGGACGGCGGUGGCCCGAGGACUGCGCGGCGGGCGUCCCGGACAGCCGGGGCGCAGGUGGCAAGGCGCGCGGCCAGCCGGCCCCGGGCGCCAGAAUCCGGCGCUGCCGAGCCGGGGAGGGCGCAGCGCCCACCGCAGCCUGCAGUUUUCCCGGGACGUCUGGGCGCCCAUGACGGCGGCGGCGACUGUGCUCAAGGAGGGCGUGCUGGAGAAGCGCAGCGGCGGGCUGCUGCAGCUGUGGAAGCGGAAGCGCUGUGUGCUCACCGAGCGCGGGCUGCAGCUCUUCGAGGCCAAGGGCACCGGCGGCCGGCCCAAGGAGCUCAGCUUCGCCCGCAUCAAGGCGGUGGAAUGCGUGGAGAGCACCGGGCGCCACAUCUAUUUCACGCUGGUGACCGAGGGAGGCGGCGAGAUCGACUUCCGCUGCCCCCUCGAGGAUCCUGGCUGGAACGCCCAGAUCACCCUGGGCCUGGUCAAGUUCAAGAACCAGCAGGCAAUCCAGACUGUGAGGGCCAGGCAGAGCCUCGGGGCCGGGACCCUCGUGUCCUAAACCGCACAACUUGCCAUCUUACCUUCAUGCUCCGCACCCUCCCCACCACGUGGUGUACGGAGGUCAAGUCAGCUCUCCUGCCCCUUUUGGCUCAUGGGAGCGUGACUGUGCUCCAUAUGUCGAGGCGGAAGCCAUGGUCACGUGGAGGAGACGCUGGAGCUGAAGGAAUGGAUGGGGCCCGGGGAGGAGGGCAGAAGGCCAUGUGGGGCUGAGGAUGAAGAUUCAGCCCCUGGACACUCUCAGAGUCUCCGGACAUUCCCAGCUCAGGGCUUUGCAGCCACAGCCUGACGUACAGAUGGUGAUGGAGAGCUGGCAUCCAAGCACCCUCCCCUCGGCGGCCCUGUCAUCUGGCUGCAGACUGUUGUUAGUCCCCAGCUUGUGCCAUGCCGCGAGGAGGACAUUUCCCCAUGGGGUGCCAAGCCAGUGCCUCAGGACUCAGGAGGCCAGCCUGGUACCCCGGGGAGGAACCAGCCUGGCAUCACUUCUGGACUCACCUUGGUGGGGGGAGCUGAUGGGCCCUGAGGCCCGCACUUGAGGGUCUCCUGCUGCUUAGGUCCUUCUGGGACCCCCACCCAUCCAGGCCUUUUCUUUGCACACUUCGCCCCCCACCUCCUGCCCAUCUUCCCCCCCACUGUGGUGCUAGGCCUGGAGGUGGUGGGGGUGGGGUGGGGGUUUGGCCAUUACCAUUUCAUGCCUAUCCCAAAAUGAAGAGUCCCCGCAAAGGGCAGUGACCACACUGUUUGCUGAAUGGAGUUCUUUGCCCACAAAGACCCAGUGCUUGGAGCAUCCCUCUCCUACCCCCGCUUCUCCACUCCAUAACCCAUUCUGAGAUCUCCGGCCUGGGUGGGGAGAGACACUGCAGCCCUAGGAGGCACGACCUCAGCGGUCCUAGGAAGGAGGGACCGUAAGGCCUGGACUGAGGGAUGUUCUACUGGCCAACUCAGUCUAUGUAGCUGCUUUUCCAGAAGGCCAUGCCGCCCCUGCCAUCCUGGGAGGUGGCUCAGCUUUCUGAGCAGAGUUGGUCUCCCUGUCAUUUAUAUACUCAGGCUUCAUACAUUUAUGCAGUAAGUAUUCCUUGCUGGAUGGUUUAAAAGGAAUGAUUACAGCACGGGAAAAGCUGAAGUACAGAGAAAUAGCUGCCUGAGUUACACAGAAACUCAUCGGGUAACCCUCGAGAUCUUUCCAUGUUGUGGUCAGCAGUUUACUCUGCCCUCCUUUCCUCCAUUGCCCACCACGUCUGGCCUUCCCUGUGGCAAAGCAGUGGCCUACUUCAGAGUCUCCAGAAGGAACGAGGGGGCUGUGUAGCCCCCUUCAACAAUUUGAAGUCUCUUUAAUAACCUCUUUGUGCUUCUGACCUGUUUCGUUCCCCAUCAGAUUUCUCCUACUGUCCAGCCAAGACCUCCCCAUCCUAUGUCCCAGUACCUUAGAGUCCUCGGGAGUACCUUGUUCAUCUGCUACGAGCACCGCGUCUCACAAGUGACAAAGAACUUACAGAUUACAAGAGAGUUUUGACAAAUAUCUCAUUUAUUACCUCAUUAGGCUGUAUCCCUGUUUCAUGGAUAGCUUAGUCCCAGCAUCGCAAACAAGCAUCAUCUUCCACGCCACCCCUGGUAUGUGCUGAGCAAGAUCUGGGCUCCCCUAGCAUGCUGUGGUCAAUUGGUGAUGUCUGUCAUGGGCUUGGGGAGAAAGAUGGUGACGAUGACCACACUUGGGUGGCUGGUGGGGGGGGGUUGGCGAGAAGAUGAUGGGGUCUCCACCCCUUUGUUGGAGCCAUGUGAAUGGGAAAGGGUUAGCAUCUCUCUUCUAUAAGACGGCCUCUAAAAUAGAAUCCUUGCUCUUCAAAUCGAACUGAAAGGCUGCUGAUGGUGGGGAUUCAGGCAUAAAGAAAGAAAAGAGGUAUCCAGACCCUCAGAAGUGAGAGAGUGGGAGCAGGUGGGAGUGGAUGCAGGCAAAUACGUACUCCUAGAUGCCUCUCCUCUGCCAGUGCUGUGCUUGGCACUGGUGAUGCAGAGACGGGGAACACAAUCUGACCCUGCCCCGAGAAGCCCUGAGUCUGGUAGAGAGCUAAAAUGCCAACUGGUGCCUGUAGAGCUGGUGUGAGCAUCCGGGGGAAUGCUGGGCUCUGCCUCCUCUGCCCAGCACUGUGUUAGCCUCACUGGUGUUUGCCAGAUCAUUCUGAGAGCCUGGCUGCAAAGGGCAGUGGGGGCACAGCCAGCAUGGGGUGUCCAGGGGCAGGGGGCACACAGAGCAGAGGAAGAGGCAGGCUCUGGUUUCUGACACUCCCUGCCUUUCUGGAACACAGCCCUGUUGGUUCCACCUGUGCUUUCGUUCCUGCCCAAACCCAGCUUCAGUUUCUCCCCGUGCUGGGAGAGCCCCGGCCCCUCUGAUGGGUGUGCUCCAGUUAGAACCCCUAGCACAGACCCUAGAAUGUAGUAGGCCCUCAGUAUACAUUAAUAGAGGUGGGGGUUGUUGCGAUGGGGAAGAUCACUUCCUACCACUUGUAAGAGAGUCCCAUGGCUUCCCGAAGGCUCCAAGAAGUCAUAGCACAGGGAUUGGGACCUUACACCCUGAAUUUAUGUUUUUGUUUUUGUUGUUUUUAAAGAUAUGUGACCUUUGGGGAGUCUUUGUCUUCCUGCUGGGGAGGGAGACACCCUGCUUUGUGACUUCAGGGGUGUUUUCGCUGCUCUGGCAACUCUAGAUUCUAAAAAUGGAUCAUAGGCCCUCACCCUAGGAAUGCUUGGCUGGACCACAGAGUAGGGUCAAGGCCUCUUUGGGGGCACAAACAGGCCCCGACAGUGCCAGCAGACAUGCAUGAGAUGGAAAAACUGCUCGGUUGGGCCCAAGGAUGCCGUGAGGCCAGGGAGGGGCUGCUGCUUUCUCUCCCCCUGGCCCGGCAGCCCCGGCCUCACCCCUGCCUGAUGCGUGAGUCAUCGAUGGGAAAAUGAGAAAGGGCAAGUCCCAGCCCAGCAACUGGGAGUCCUAUGAGGCUAGGGGUGGGGAGACAGAGGGGAGAAGGGAUGGGCUUGCUCAGGUCAGGGUGAGCUGAGGCUGGGGCUGAGGCUUUGGCAAGAGUGAGCCUGUUGCCAGGGUGAGAAGGAAGACGAGCGCAAGGAGCCAGAAUUGGAGCCCACAGGCAGGCACUGUAGCAGGAAGGAGUGAGGCUAGAUCUGUAGGGCAUCCUGGUUACAAGUCUGUAAUCUGGCCUUUCCUGGAAGUUAGGGCUGGAGAGGUGCCGUGGGCAGUUGUCCUACCAGGCCCAGGGACCUGGGUAAGACUGUGUGUCCCACUGUGCGCCAGGCUGCUGGUUGGGAGGCUGCAUAGUCCUGGUUUGGCCUCCAGUCUCUGUUCCAGGCCGCAUGCCAUGGUCCCCUAGUGUGUUCUGUCCAGAAUGCAAUUCAUUCUCCUGUUUCAAACCUCCAGGGGCUUGCCCACUGCGAUGGAGGCAGUCCAGGCUCCUUGGAGGUGCUCUCUCCACAGUCAGGGCCCUUUGUAAUGCACCUGUCUGCACGAUCCCCACAGCCAGGGCCCCUGCGUGCAGCCGCCCCCAUUCCAGGCUGGCAAAGGCUGUCUCACACACCCAGGCCUUCGCACCCACCUCCUCCUGCACAUUUUUGCAGUGUUGGCUCACCACCUCGGAGGGGCCUCCUCUACUCUGCCUAUGGUCCAGGCUGGGUAGCUGCUCUCUCCUCUGUAUGCUCAUAGUUUUUCCAUUACUCACCCUCCAUUGCUGGCUUACUCGUCUGCCUGCUGUACUAGGUGGCCAGUGCCUGUCAUUUGUGUACUCCUGCUAUCUCACAGUAUCUGGCACACAGCAGGUUCUUAAUGAUAAUAAUGGCAAACGGUAUUAGUGCUUACUUUGUGCCCAGCAUUGAUCCAAGAACCGUACAAUUAUUGAAUCGUGUCAUGCUUCAGCAACUCUGUGAGGUAGGUGUUGCUCAUAACUCCCGUGUUUUGCGUUAAGAAACUGAGGCUCAU